GAAUGGUCAGCCUGUUGGUGAACGGCUUUCACCAGAUGAUGCUGACGCGAUUGCCGACAACCCUGAAGUUGCACAGCAAGGUGAACUCCAUGAGAUUGAAAUUGAGAUCGAAGCAGCCGCAAAUGAGGAAGAUGAGGAGCCACAACCAGAGUCUUCCAGCAGUGAAUCGGAUAGUGGUGAAGUCCGACGUUCAGUGAUUGUUUAUUUUCUGGACAAAGACCCAGUACACUGUCGUGCUCGCUGGCAGACCUAUGAGAAAUUUCACAAGGAUAUUGCGUUCCAGAGUUGCCUCAGUAUACAUGAUGUGGCCCAUGUUCACACUGUUUGGCAUUCUCCUGAAGAUCUACGGCUGGCUCAGACAAGACCUCUGAUUGCGCAGCAACCAGCCGAUGUUUGGGAGGGAUCCACUUUUCAGCUUGUCCUUCUUGAUGUUGAGUUUCACAAUGGUCUCCCGUCACUUGCGCCUGAGAUCGUGAGACGUGUGAAGCUCCUUCCCAAAACAGCAUCGAGAAAGACUCUUUUAGCCCUACUUGGACUACAAGCACAUUGCCAGCAUGUUCAACAUACAUGUCUUCUUUGGCAUAAUCAUAUCAGGGUCGCGACGCAUCGACGGACUCUCAUUGAUUUGCACCAUGGAGACAACGUGCGCGUUGCAGUCCCUCCAGCGGCGGGUGGACUGGACUCGUAUUACACACGAGAAGUUGCUCAGUGCUUGCGAAGAGGCUAUUCACCGGCCAAUAUCCCUGCACUUCUGGAGAAUUUUCCCAAUGGUUUGGACGUAUCAGACAUGCCGAUUCUGGACACGUUCAACUACAUUCCCAGUGCUGAAGACUUGGACUACGAUCGAGAUGCAAUGUCACUCAUGCAAGUGCAAGGAGUGAGUCGGCCUGCUUUUGACCCAUGGCCGGAGUUCCUUUCAAAGUCCCACCAAGAACACCCGUUGCACUGCAAAGUUGGAGAUCAAGACCUACGAGAACCUGCAGACUUGGAGAAUGAGAUUCAACCCCCUCCAGAACAAGGGCGUCCUGAGCUCAUCUUUCGAGAGGUUGCUCGCUUCCUUCAAGUUCUUCAACCUGUCUGGAUGCAACAGGCAGCAACAGAAAUAGAGGAGGAAGGAAGGGUUUUGUAUGUGAAUGUUUGGUAUUCUGAUCAUGAUCGUUUUCCACGCUGUGAUGCUCCUCGACCAGCCAGACUUUUGGCUGAUGUGUGGAACUGGCCGGAUCGUUUGGCUGAAGCGUGGGAUGAUCGAGUUGAUCCUGAUUCGGAAAUUGACUUUUACUUGAUACAUCCUCAGCCGAGGAACAUCGAUGGCCAAGAACAAGGUAGAGUCCCCCAUGUAUUGCUUGUUCAGCACCAACGUGAACAUGAGCGAAGCAUCCAUGUCAAUGUGAUUGAUCCCAUGAAUUCACGAACGCCAUCGACUUCCUUUGUUCAGACUGGACCCAGACCAUUGCGCAAAGAGGAUCUUCUCGCCAUCGCGGGCAUCUUGGACAUGAACAUGAUUACAAGUCUUGUGGACUGCAUGGCAUGGCACGGAGAUGAUCAACUAGAUCACACAACUGUUUUUCCAACGCGGAAUGGAGACAGCUUCAUCAUGAUCCGAAAUCACCUUCGCGACAUCAUGACACGUGCAGCAUCUAGCCAUGAAGCCGCACGAUCCUCAGCCAGUAGUUUCCUUCAAAAAGGACAGACACGGCAGAAGAUCAUCCUACAAGAUCUCCUCGAAACCACGGAAGCACAUGGCCCGAGCGGUGCCUCGUGCAAAGCAGCAUUCAAAGUUGUUUGGGCAGCUGCGCGAGAAAUUCACCCGAGCUUCAUUGAGGUUGCAUCAGGUGCAAAUGAAGAAGAUUGCAGAUUGGUGCUGAAAGAGUUUGGUCUUGCCUGCAGACCAGUAGUUUGUGCUGAGCGAGACAACACAGAGGACAAGGAUGGGAUCACUCUCCAUUCGAGCGACAAGCUGCUCACAGAACAAGAGAUCAUGCGUUUCCUCUACCAGCUGGGGUUUCGGAGGGCUGUUAUUCAGGUUCAACUUCAAGUUUACCCUGAUGUUCACAAAGUCCUUUUCCGUGAUCAGAAAGUUGAAUUACAACGACCCCAAGGAAAAUUGAGAGCCACUCCAAUUUGGCCUGCACGACAAGAGGGUCCUGUGGGACUAGAGCCUUUCUUUUGCCAGCCAAACACACCGCCUGGGGAUCACACUAUUGAUAUCGGCAUCAACAAUGCAGACAUCCAGGAGCUUUUUCAAUCUCAUCAUGAUCUUCUUCGACAAGACUUUGAAGGUUUGGAUUUGCCGGACGGGCUGCAACAAGCUGUGUCUGCGUGUGAUCCUUCUAUUCCAUUUGCAGAAAUGAAUCGGCUCUUGAUCUACACAGAUGGGUCCUCACUUGGGGCUCUGAAAAGGAUGCCUCCCUUGCGUGCGGAGCUUGAAGGAAGUGGAGACUCAUGGGCGUACCUUGUUUUGGGAGAGCGCUAUGAACCUUGGGGCCUCCGAUUCAUUGGAUGGACAGCUCAGAGUGUCAUUUACGACCAAGAGAACAAUAUGCACAUAGGAGCCCAGAGACUAGGUGCCGAUGUUGCAGAGAAAGAGGCAUUGGCGUGGUCUGCUUUUUGGCGAUUAAGCCAAAAUUGGAGCAUCCCAACAUGCUUCAGAUCGGACUCGCGCACCGCCUUAGGCCAAGCCUGCGGCACUGUUGGCGCAAGCACGCUUGAGGAGGAAACCUUUACCCUUCUUCGUGGAGCUCACCAAGCAGUCGAAGCCGCCCUAGGCUCACAAGGCGUCCUUUAUGAUCAUGUUCCAGGCCAUGCUGGAGAAAUGUGGAACGAGAUUUGUGAUUGGCUUGCGAAAAAGGAGCGAGAAAGAAGUUUCUAUUGCCCAAGACCAAGGCUUGGCAUGCGAAAAUGGAGACAAGCUAUUGGGCACCUUUGGAUGGUUGUGAGCCCUCAUCCAGAUCUUCCUCGUUUCACUGGUCAAGGACUGGCAGCUCCACCACCAAAUUUACCACUUCCAGCAGACGAAGAAUGUCAAAGACGAACACCAAGUCCACCUACAUGGCACGCUGUGGACUUUCGAGUCAGCAUGUGUACAGCCAAUGUCAACUCCAUGAGCCGCAAUCCUGACGGAUAUGGAGGUAAAGUGGACUACAUUCGGCGACAAUUCAAGGAACAACGUUUGAAUUUCCUUGGACUCCAAGAGACAAAGGUUAUUCCCGAUUUUGAUUUGGGGUUGGCACAUUGGGACCAUGAACCCACUGCCGUUGAGAUGCAAUGGCGUGAAUGGAUGGCCAGAUCAUUCACGAAGGCUCUGGCACAGAGAACGUUUGAUCACAACAAACUCUCCAAAGAGACUGUGAGGAAAGUGCUUACUGCCUAUGAACCAGCACAGUGGCAUGUAGACAUUGAAACGCAGGUCUCAAAUUUCAAUGAACAAAUGCGAUCAAAUCUCUCCAGAGAAUGUCCCAAAGGUCGUGAUCAACCCAAGAAGCCUUUCAUCACGGAGCAAAUUUGGCAGAUCCAAGAAGCAAAGCUCGGGGCCAAGAAGAAACUCCAAGAUUUAGCUCGACGUCGACGAGAUGAACGACUUAUUGUAGUUUUUCAAGCGUGGAAAUCAGGAAAGCAGCCGGAAGUUGAGAGACUGGGGGAGGCAGCCUGGCACUAUGAGACUUUCCUCAUGCUUUGCAAUUUGAAGCUUGUGGCGAGCCAUCGACUACAGGCCAUGACCUUGAAAAAGGCUCUUAGCCAAGCCAGGCAACAUGCUCUUCAACAAGUUUUUGCAGAAUCCCUCAGCAAGCUUCUGCGUCACAGUGAACCCUGUCGCUUACCUAGUGAGAGCAUCGAGACAUGGCUCACCUUCUUCCAACAGAUGGAGGGCGGUACCAGACUUCAGGAUCAUGAGCAGCGGGAGCUCUGGAUCGACAAUCUCCAAAGGCUUCGACAAGAUGCUUUCCAGAUUGAUGCUCGAGAGAUACCAAGGCUUCUGGACCUGGAAGCAGCAUUUCGCCGCAUCAACCCCUCGAAGGCAACAGGUCUGGACGGCAUGCACCCGGCCUUUUGCCGAGCUGUUCCUUCUUUGAUGGCGCGGAAAACUUAUGGACAGCUGCUCAAACUCACAACACAUGGUCAGGAAUCCCUCGACCACAAGGGCGGGGUCUUACACCCCGUCUGGAAGUCGAAGGGGCCGCGGGAUCUAUGCACGUCAUACCGGAGCAUUUUGGUGUCAAGUCAUGUGGGCAAGAGCAUACACCGAAGCAUCCGCCAGCACCAGACGUCGUUGUUCGAGCGCUAUCUUCAAGGAGAACAACUAGGCGGGCGCCCCAAGGCACCGGUGAACUUUGGUGUACAUAUUGGAAGAGCCUUCCUGCGAUCAAGGUGGCGGCGAGGGCACAAUGUCGCGAUGCUUUACCUCGACUUGACCGAAGCGUUCUAUCGGAUCCUCAGGCCCUUGGUUUUGGGUGGGCCGAUUGACGAUGAUUUAGUGGCUUAUGUGGGAGUGCGCUUGGGCCUCUCGCCAGAGAUCAUGCACGACUUGCACCGGCAUCUUGCUGAACCUGCGGCCCUUGAACAAGCGCAACUUCCAGCUCACAUGCGCAACACCAUCAAGGCGUUGCAUGAGGACACCUUCUUCAAGGUCAAAGGGCAAUGUGAUGUGGUACGAACCACAUUGGGGAGCAGACCGGGAGACUGCUUUGCGGAUGUCAUCUUCUCCUAUCUUUGGGGCCGCAUUUUACAUGACCUCCAACAGGCCCUGCGCAAUCUUGGACUGGCGGAAGAAAUCCCUGUUGCUGCAGGGUUACAAGCCCCAGGUGCUCUGAAUCCCACUCCAGAAGCACAUCAAGGAUUCUUAGGUCCAACGUGGAUGGACGAUACCUGCAUCUGCGUGUCAGAUGCAGAUGUGGGGCGUCGAGUGGGAAUUGCACAGCAAGCGUUCUCGCAGCACCGGCGCCACCUUCUUCACAAUCCAGUUCUUUUGCAAUGCAGACGGCUUGAGAUCUUCCAUACGUUGGUCAUGAGUCGAUUUUGCUACGGAACGGAAUCCUGGACAUUGAAAGAUCAGGCCACCAAGACCUACGUUCACAAUGCGUUGAUGCGUUUGUUUCGACGUCUGGGGAAACACCCUCCUGAUGCGCACCUCACAGAUGACAACAUCUUGACCCACGUUGAGAUCAACAGCCCUACAGAACUUUUGAGGCUCUCCAGAUUGCGGUACCUUGGCACUUUGUACCGCUGUCGACAUUUGGUCCCGUGGGGACUGCUGAAUGAGGACGAAGAAUGGCGAAGCCUGCUACAUGAUGACCUUAGCUGGAUGUGGCAUCAACUCUCGCGUUCUUCAACGUUGCCGAAGCCAGAGGAAUGUUUUGGCGCAUGGGAAGACAUUUUACUCCAUCACACAUCCUACUGGCGUCGUUUGGUUCGCAGAGCGGGUGCGCAUGCAGUACUUCAACGCCGAAAAGAGCAUCGAGUACACCGUUUUCACCUGGAGAUGUGUGAGAUCUUUCAGCAGGUGCAACCAGAGGAUUUCACCACCAGGUGUAGUAAGCCACACCAUGAGAUGCCACAAGCCCAAAUCCAUGCUUGCAUGACAUGUCAGAAGGUUUUUCGAAGCCGAGGGGGCCUAGGUGCGCACAUGUUCAAGGCUCACAAUCAGGUUGCUCAAGAAAGGCUCCUUUUUGACUCCACGCGUUGUGAAGCGUGCAUGCGAGAAUACUUCACACAUGGCAAACUACAAGCACAUCUCCGACAUGCUGACAGUUGUCGUGAACAGCUAUGGGGCCGGAAGAAGCUUUGCCGACCAGUUGGUGGGUGGGGUUGGCGUGUUGACCGUGCUUUGCAACAAAGUCAUGAUGGUGUUUUACCUCCACUACGUGCAGCGGGGCCUCAACUUCCGCCAGUUUGCGGUGAUCCUAUUCCUCUUCAUGAUUUGGAGACGGCUGAAAGAAUCUAUAUGGCAGUGCUUGAUCUGGAAGACAAGCAACAGAUCAAGGCAGCCAUUGUCAAUGCCUUGGUUGACACUCCGAUCACGUGGGGACGAUGCCAAGCGACGCUGGCCUAUUUGCUCCACGAGCUGACGGACCAGGACAUUGAAGCCUUGGCCAUUGCCGACUUUGACAUCAAGCACUUCCUGCAGAGCUUGCAAUCAGUGCAUGCGUGGGACUUCUUGGUGCGUUAUGAGCAGGGCGAUGGGGUAGAGUCCACGCUGCCCACCACUGCAGACUUUGAGCAGAUGUGCAGUGAAGGUAGCAUGAAGGGCUCGGAGCGAGCCCCUUUCUGGCGGGUGCAUC